AUGGAGGGAGAAGCUGCAGCCGCCGUCCUUCAAGUUGUAGUUCAAAACCUCAUCGACCACUCUAAGAAAGGGUUCUUACUUGUUCAAGAGAUGCGUACCAUUCCUGAUGGUUCUGUCAAAAUGUGGCUCAAGAAGCUUGAAAAUGUGGCAUUCGAUGCUGACAACGUCUUGGAUGAGUUCAACUAUCAUCUACUUUGCAAACAAAUCAAGCCCAUACUACCCAUCCAACCCAUCAAACAAAAGGUACUAUCAUGCUUCUCACCAUGCGUUAAUUAUUCAUGUUCCCGAAGUAUGGCUCUUAGAAUUCAACAAAUCAAUGAUAAUUUUGAGUCCAUUAACAAAGAGGCUGCCGACCUUGGCCUCAAAUUGGAGUCCACCAAUGAGCCCACUUUGCCUGAUGCUAAUUUUGAAACUAACUCAUUCACUCUUGAUCCAAUUUUUAUUGGAAGAGACGAGGAGGUGUCAAAACUAGUUGAGAUUCUUUCCGAUAGUAUCACAUUCGAUGAACGUGCUUCUAUCUAUGCCAUUGUGGGAAUGGGAGGAUUGGGGAAGACAACUUUGACUAGGAAAGUCUUUAAUCUUCUAAAAGAAGAGGAUUGGGGAAGACAACUUUGA